AAUAUUGCUAUUAUACCGUCAACUUAAACGCUUUUGAGGGCUUUCGUACACUCAAAAACAUAUCAUGUCUCACAAGAAAUUUGUACACUUUUUCAUCAUGACAGGACACACGGAAAUCACCUUAUACGGGUUGUCAGACAUUUUGGUUUUCAGGUCCCAUUUUUGGGAUAUUUGGUCCCGUUGAAUUGUUCAUAGUUUUUUGUUCUAAUUUGUGACCUGUUUAGUUUGUCUAUAAAAUGUGUCGCGGGCCAAAAAAAUUGAGCUGCGGGCCGCAAAUGGCCCCCGGGCCGCACUCUGGACACCCCUGCAUUAUAUGAACAAUUAGCAUUUUAUUAUUAUGUUUGAGAAUACACCUGAGAGAAUACUUCACAAAUGGCCACAGAGCAUGUAAAAAUAUCAACAUCAAAUUAAUCGGUCACUUUGACUCCUGCUUUGGUCCUUCUUGGUUGGUCUUAAUUACAAAUGAGGGAAGGCUGGUUCAUGAGUAGGGAUGAGUAUCAUUUACACUUUUGGAUUUCAGAUUUAAGACAUUUUUUAUAUUUAAAUGUAAAUCCAAUCGAAUCGAAUUGUGAUUAACCGAUUUAGAGCCUUAUGAAUCAAACUAGAAUCAAUUUGAGAAAUUACCCAUGACAUCCAGUAACACUUCCUAUAUUGAGAUUGCCCAAAAGGAGCAGGUGCUCGUACUCAUGUUCGUCUUGUAGCUGGUCUGGUGGGACUAGCUGAGGUAAUAGAAGACACGGUCUGGACAUCCCUGCUUAGAUUGGUCCUCAACCCAAAUAAUUGGAAGAAAAUGGAAAGACAUCCAUCGGUCAUCAUGAAUGCGACCUCAAGCUCUCAUCCAGCCUUCGUGCCCGCUACUUUUGAUGGCUCUUACUCAGAAGUGGCAAUAUUAUCUGAUGGUAUGGGUGGUUGGAAUCAGCAGAAUAUCAGCCGUAUUAUUUUGCAUGAAGCAAACUUCACUGAAUCAUCAGGAAAUAGGACAGCGAGCCAGGCAGCAAAUGACUUUGACCCAUUAGGAGGACACUCGGUGUGGCAGGUUAUAGUAAUUGUCUUCCUUACUGGCUCACUGUCACUGGUUACAGUUGUCGGCAACAUCUUAGUGAUGCUGUCCUUCAAGAUCAACAAGGCACUGAAGACUGUGAACAACUACUACCUCCUGAGCUUGGCGUGUGCUGACCUGACCAUUGGCACACUGUCUAUGAACUUGUAUACCACCUAUAUCAUCAUGGGGCAGUGGGCUCUGGGACCAGUGGUCUGUGACUUGUGGCUUGCAAUCGACUAUGUAGCAAGUAACGCUUCCGUCAUGAAUCUUCUCGUCAUUAGCUUUGACAGGUAUUUCUCUGUGACCAGACCUUUGACCUAUCGUGCCAAGCGCACAACCAAGCGGGCCAUGACCAUGAUUUGUUUAGCCUGGUCCAUUUCUUUCAUUCUCUGGGCCCCGGCCAUUCUGUUUUGGCAGUAUAUCGUCGGUGAGCGGACGGUGCCGUCGAAUGAAUGCUUCAUUCAGUUUCUGUCUGAGCCCAUCAUUACAUUUUGCACUGCUAUUGCUGCAUUUUACUUGCCAGUCACUAUCAUGACAACCCUGUUUUGGAAGAUCUUUCAGGAGACAGAGAAACGUGUUAAGGAUAUGGAGGGUCUUAAGGGUUCUGGUGCUGGAAAAAAACAAACUCAGGGGAGUGUAGCUGGAAGCGAUGGUGCGAGCAAUAGCCAGAAGGAGAAGUCUGCGUCAUCGAAACAAAUGAGUUCCACAAACAGGAGUGAUGAGCAAAAUCAGCUGCCUUCAGAGGACAAGGCUCACACCGGUCAGAGAACAUGUGGUGCCUUCUUCAUCCGGUGUUCAUCCCUGCUACUAAGAUGCCGUGGAUCCAGAAGCGGUGAUAAUACUGCACCAGCAGAGCAGGGUAGCUGUGACAAUCUUAACAACAAUGAAGCUUCAGAGGGCGAAGAAGAAGUAAAUGAUGCAGACCAAUCAAGGCUUCCUGCAGAUGGGGAGAAGUCUAAAAGGGUGAAGAACAAAGAUACCAAAUCUCAGUCAAACCCUACACAGCCGGCUGAGACAUCUCCCGAAAACACCUCAAUGAAAGAUGGGAGCACGGCAAAAAGGUUUGCCUCUAAAUCCAAGACCGAGGUUAACAAGCGCAAGAAUGAAAAAAAGGCAAAUGACAAGAAAGCAGCACGGACACUGAGUGCCAUCCUCUUCGCCUUUAUUACUACUUGGUUGCCAUACAAUAUCAUGGUCUUGGUCAACACAUUCUGCCAGGACUGUAUCCCGGGAACUCUUUGGGAACUGGGAUAUUGGUUGUGUUAUGUUAACAGCACAGUCAACCCCAUGUGCUAUGCCCUGUGUAACAAGACUUUUCGAACAACUUUCCGGGAUAUUUUGAUGUGCCAGUGGAAAAACAAAGGCAAGCCUCAAUGUCAUCAGAGGAAUCCUGCGGCUUGCCGGAAAAAAGAUCAAAGGUAGACCACAUGUAAGGUUAAAUAUAAUUUGAAUGGAUUAUAAUGAGGAAAUUGCCAAAAGUUUGGAAACAUUAGGAAAAAAACAACAUUCAAAAGACAGUACUUUGCAAAAGUCUUAGGCCUCCACUAUUUUUAUUGUUGGAAUUAUUUGAUUGUAUUAAUAAUUUGAUUGAACAGUUCUUUUUACACAGUAAAGAGUAAGUAGUAGGUCUUACACAAAAACUAUUUCAAACAAACUUUGUUGCUAAUGAAGAAUCCAUCAAAAUAAAGGGUCGUAAUAUUGCAGUUCAAGUUCUCAAAGAAUUGGUCCACCCCUUCUGUCAGUUUAUCAUCCUCUAUGUAAAAGGAUGUAACCUGUUAACUAAGAUAUUAGAUUUGGACUUGGCCUGCACUCUUUAAACUGACAUUCUAGUUAUACUGUAUGUGGUUAUCAAAGUGUAGCUAAAACAUGGUAAUUAAUGGUGUGCUCAGACUUUUGUACAGUACUGUACAUGGUCACAGUCAGUGUCAGAAAUUCCUAUGCACUCACCAAAGAUUUGGGGGUUUGUAGCUUUUAGUGAUUGCGUCAUUCUUUUUCUGGACCAGUGUCCUAGAACAAUUAAUAUUGCGACUUCGGGAAAAAGCAGUUACUGUAUGACAUUUUCUAACUGUUUCUUUAAAGUUAAAUAUGAAAAAACACAGACCUAAUCGAUGCCAGUGGUGCCUUACUAGUUCCUCAUCUUACAAUUUUUGGGAAAUGUGAGUCUUUAAGUUGCGAGCAAAAAUGUGGGUUAGGGGCCAGCUUUAGAUACCUCCCCCCUGCUAGUUGGUGUAGCAAAUGUCCCAGUGAACCCCAUGAUAUACACCCAACGUCUCACUUUCUAUCAUUAGCUAAUUGCUCAACAGACACAACUUUGUUUUUCUAACCAUGGGAACAAAGAAACAGAUUGUGAAGGACAGUGCUGAGAAGACGAAGUGGAUGUUCUUCUUUGAAUUAAAGAAAUAAAUCAUCAACAACAUGACUGAGGUUUGCGUUGGAAAUGCAGUACGCGCACAACUGCUACAACCUGUGCCAAACUGACGAAGGAGCCGAAAAGCUAUGACUAUGCCAGCGUUAUAAUUAUCUCUAAAGGGACAAUAUUUUUCCUAGAGAAUAAGGAGAAGCUGUGGAUGGUGUAUUUGACAUAAAAAGAUCUUGCAGGAGAUACUGUAAAAGUCUGCUCUCCAAGGUAAACACUGUACAUCACAGGUGUCAAACGGCCGGCCCGCGGGACUAUUUGAAAAUCAAAAUGCAGCUGACCCGCAUGGAGAAUUACAGCAAAUAAGAACCUUAACUAACUACGAAAACACAGUUAACAGGAAACAAUUGUUCCUCAGAGGCAUCCUCAGACCUGCCAAGUCUUUCGGGUUCUGCGGAAGACUCCCAGAAACUCCCCUUGUCUGCCGACAUUCUUACUGAAGUUACUAACCUCCUGGAUUCUGCUGUUUUUGUAUGCCAAUAAUAUAUUAAUAAAUAAAUGAUAAAUGGGUUAUACUUCUAUAGCGCUUUUCUACCUUCAAGGUACUCAAAGCGCUUUGACAGUAUUUCCACAUUCACCCAUUCACACACACAUUCACACACUGAUGGCGGGAGCUGCCAUGCAAGGCGCUAACCAGCAGCCAUCAGGAGCAAGGGGUGAAGUGUCUUGCCCAAGGACACAACAGACGUGACUAGGAUGGUAGAAGGUGGGGAUUGAACCCCAGUAACCAGCAACCCUCCGAUUGCUGGCACGGCCACUCUACCAACUUCGCCACGCCGUCCCUAUAUUGUAGCUUUUGUCCGGAUGUUCAAAGGAUAACUAGGAGGUGGUUGAUCAACAAUCACUUAAUAAAAACGAACAAAAACAACAUCCUUGGCAUCAGUUAAUCUGAAAUGUAUUUUGAAUUUUGGCCCCCUCUGCAAAGAGUUGGACAUGCCUGCUGUACAUCAUUAUUGCAUUACUUUAUUUCAUAAAACUACUGUAUUUGUUAGUAGUACAUUCUAUUGUAUUGUUUUGCUACAAUAUUUGAUAUCUAGAAGUGUGUUUUGUCUUACUAUAAAACAUGUGACAUGUUAAAAUUGUGUUUUUGGGAGGCUUAGAACAGAUUAUUUGAUUCCCAUUAAUUUCAAUGGAGAAUAUUAAUUUUAAAUACAAGUAUUUUGAGAUGCUACAGUAUCUCUGUC